AUGAAUCACUUAUUCCUUGCAAAUCACACUCUAAUGUCUGCUCCAGAUUACAAGUUGGUGGAGAAGCCAAGUCUGAUUGAAGGUAUCCCUGAUAACAUCUUAGCACUCAUCGCACCAGUUGUUGCAUAUUGGACAUAUUCCGGGUUUUUCUAUAUAAUAGAUACUUUUGAAAUUGCUGAAAAAUACAGAAUUCAUCCACCUGAAGAAGUUGCCUCAAGAAAUAAAGCUUCAAGAAUUGAUGUCUUGAAAGAUGUCAUCUUACAACAUAUAAUACAAACUAUAGUUGGUUUAGUUGUGGCAAAUUUUGAUCCAAUUCAAUAUACAGGUGAUGAAGAGUAUCAAAUUUGGAAAUUAUCUCAUAAAUACCCAAUGGUUCCAACAUCAUUCCUAAGAUUUUACCAUCUUUAUGGAUUUUCCAUGUUGAAGAUAUUUAUUGCAUUUCUUAUAAUUGAUUCAUGGCAAUAUUGGUUACAUCGUAUAAUGCAUCUAAAUAAGGCAUUAUACAAGAGAUUCCAUUCAAGACAUCAUAGAUUAUAUGUUCCAUAUGCUUUUGGUGCUCUAUAUAAUGAUCCAGUGGAAGGGUUCUUAUUGGAUACUUUAGGUACUGGUAUUGCAUCUAUUGUUACUCAAUUAACCCCAAGAGAAGCUAUUGUCUUGUAUACAUUCUCCACUUUGAAAACAGUUGAUGAUCAUUGUGGUUAUGCUUUACCAUUUGAUCCUUUCCAAAAAUUGUUUCCAAAUAAUUCAAUUUAUCAUGAUAUUCAUCAUCAACAAUUUGGUAUAAAGACCAAUUUUUCACAACCUUUUUUCACAUUUUGGGAUAUUUUAAACAAUACAAGAUAUAAAGAUUUGGAUAAUUAUAAAGAGAAGCAAAAAUCAAUUACAAUUGCCAAAUAUAAACAAUUUUUACAUGAUCGUGAAAUGGCUAAAUUGAAGAAGAAGGCGGAAAUUUAUAAAAAGGAUUAA